AUGGCUACCAAUGGUGAUUUGCCCUCGGACGAGGAGUUCUCACGGCCUGGCACCCCAGAAGGAGAUGAGAACAACAUUUCAGAUCCAGAAGAGACGAACGAGGCACCAAGAUCCAUACUUCGCAACAGCGGUGCUGUUCCAGCAUCACAACCAGAACGACCGAUAUUACCAGAACAACCAGAUCCAGAGAACCUGAAGAUAGACGAACUCACACCACUUUCCCCAGAGAUCAUUGCGCGGCAAGCCACGAUAAACAUUGGCACAAUCGGCCAUGUGGCUCACGGAAAGUCGACAGUAGUAAAGGCAAUUUCUGGGGUACAGACUGUGCGAUUCAAGAACGAGCUGGAACGAAAUAUUACCAUCAAGUUGGGAUAUGCCAACGCGAAAAUCUACAGAUGUGACAAUCCGGAAUGUCCAAGGCCUACAUGUUAUCGAAGUUACAAAUCGGAGAAGGAAGUCGACCCUCCGUGUGAAAGAGAGGGAUGCAAAGGCACAUACAGACUGCUCAGACACUUAUCAUUUGUCGAUUGCCCUGGCCACGAUAUUCUCAUGAGCACCAUGUUGUCAGGUGCUGCAGUCAUGGAUGCUGCUCUUCUCCUAAUUGCAGGCAACGAAACAUGCCCACAACCACAGACAUCCGAGCACUUGGCAGCCAUUGAAAUCAUGAAACUCCAAAACAUCAUAAUCCUUCAAAACAAAGUCGACUUGAUGCGACAACCCGAUGCACAGACACACUACGAGUCGAUUCUGAAAUUCAUCAAGGGCACAGUCGCUGACGGGUCUCCAAUCAUCCCCAUAUCUGCACAGCUGAAGUACAACAUUGACGCUAUCAAUGAAUUCCUCGUCACAAAGAUCCCAGUCCCAAUACGAGACUUUACAGCAGCACCACACAUGAUCGUCAUUCGAUCUUUCGACGUCAACAAGCCCGGUGCUGAAAUCGAAGACCUCAAAGGUGGCGUGGCAGGCGGUUCCAUCCUAACAGGUGUUCUCAAACUCGGCGACGAAAUCGAGAUCCGACCAGGUAUCAUUUCCAAAGACUCCGCCGGCGCCACUAUCUGCAGACCCAUCAUGUCCCGAGUCGUCACCCUCUUCGCAGAACACAACGACCUCAAGUUCGCUGUGCCAGGUGGUCUAAUCGGUGUUGGCACCCGCGUCGACCCAACCCUCUGCCGAGCCGAUCGUCUCGUCGGUCAAGUCCUCGGCCAUAAAGGCAAGCUCCCCGAGAUCUACAUCGAACUCGAAGUCAACUACUUCCUCCUCCGAAGACUGCUAGGUGUCAAGACCACAGACGGCAAACCCAACAAAGUCGCCAAGCUGACGAAGAACGAGGUGCUCAUGGUGAAUAUUGGUUCUACAGCUACUGGUGCAAAGGUCAUGGGUGUACGGGCCGACGCUGCGAAGUUGGCUUUGACAACUCCUGCGUGCACGGCUAUUGGAGAGAAGGUGGCACUGUCGAGAAGAAUCGAGAAGCACUGGCGGUUGAUUGGUUGGGCUCACAUUGUGGCUGGAAACACGGUUGAGCCUGAGGCUUCUUAG